AUGCAAUGUCUGCACAGAUAUAUCAUCCCAACAACUCCAUUUCCUCGCACCGACGAGUCAUCAAAUUCGCGGCCUCGGCCGAGGAGCAGAAUUCAUUACAGAGCAGAAACCUGCGACGAAGAUAAGGUUAAAAUCGCGUCAAGGUCGAAGACGAUGACUUUACCUCCGAAAGUGAGUGUCAUUACGAGCACGUCAAACCCAUUCGUGAAACAUUGCGUCAAGCUUCGCCAGAGCUCCUCCUAUCGCCAUGUUCACGGCUCAGUUCUUGUUGUCGGCACAACCAUAAUUGUGGAAAUAUUCAGGUUCCAUAAAGCAGUCUCAAAUGGACCUAUAAUAGAUUGCUUGUUCGUGCUAGACAACUUUUGUAUCCCUGAAGAAAUGGAUGUUGAUUCUGUUCGUGUGAUCCGAGUUAAUUCAGAGGUGAUAAGAAAAGUUUCAGGUCUUCAGUGUGUUGAUUCUGUUGAAGUCUUUGCAUUAAUGGGAACUCCAUCAACAUAUCACGCGGUUACCAAUAGCUUGCAUGAAGAGGAUUGUCGUUCAUUGUUUUCAUCCCCCCAUCGUGUUCUAGUUCUUGAUAGGAUCCAGGAUCCUGGCAACCUUGGCACACUGAUCAGAACUGCUACUGCAUUUAGAUGGGACGGAGUCUUUCUGCUUCCAGGGUGCUGUGACCCAUUCAAUGACAAAGCCCUGCGGGCCUGCCGAGGGGCCUGCUUUCAGAUCCCAAUAGUUUCCGGUGACUGGACCCACUUCCAAACCCUUAGACAGGCUUUUGGGAUGAGAAUGUUAGCGGGCCAUUCAACAACCAACAACGACCCGAGUCCCGUUAUCAGGCUCUCCCAAGAUUUUGCGCAUUCAUUAGCGGAUUCGCCUUUGUGCCUGGUCCUGGGCAAUGAAGGUGGCGGCCUUUCUGAAGUUAGUCUGAGGGCUUGCGAGCUCGUGACCAUUCAAAUGGAGGGGGAGUUCGAGUCUCUCAAUGUUUCUGUGGCUGAUGGAGAUCCGAAUACCUAUUACCAGACGCCUCGAAAACUGACCGGAAAAUACGCCAGCGAAGGAUACUUUUUUCAGAAUCUCCGGGAGAGUAACUUCGUUACGGAUGAUCCAGAUCUGGCGGAUUUGUUCUUCAUCCCAAUCUCUUGCCAUAAGAUGCGAGGCAAGGGCAUAUCAUAUGAGAACAUGACCAUAAUUGUCCAAAACUAUGUGGAGAGCUUGAUGUACAAGUAUCCCUACUGGAAUAGAACUUUGGGUGCAGAUCACUUCUUUGUUACUUGUCAUGAUGUAGGAGUGAGAGCCACUGAAGGUGUCCCAAAUCUCGUGAAAAACUCAAUUCGCGUUGUUUGCUCCCCCAGCUAUGAUGUUGGAUUUAUACCGCACAAAGAUGUUGCACUCCCUCAAAUUCUUCAGCCGUUUGCUCUCCCAGCCGGAGGAAAUGACGUAGAAAACAGGACGACACUCGGCUUCUGGGCAGGACAUAGGAAUUCCAAGAUUAGGGUCAUACUGGCACGAGUAUGGGAAAACGACACUGAACUUGAUAUUUCAAAUAACAGAAUUAAUAGGGCAACUGGACAUCUGGUGUAUCAAAAGAAAUUCUACAGAACAAAAUAUUGCAUUUGCCCUGGUGGCUCUCAAGUCAACAGUGCUCGUAUAACUGACUCCAUUCAUUAUGGAUGCAUACCUGUGAUACUCUCUAAUUACUAUGACUUGCCUUUCAAUGACAUACUGAACUGGCACAAGUUCUCGAUAGUACUAAAGGAGAAAGAUGUGUACCAGCUGAAGCAAAUUCUUAAGAACAUAACACAAGAAGAAUUUGUCAUGCUGCACAACAAUCUGGUCAAGGUGCAAAAGCACUUCCAGUGGAACUCACCCCCCCAGAGUCAGGAUGCAUUUCAUAUGGUCAUGUAUGAACUUUGGCUACGCCAUCACGUUGUCAAGUAUUAA